CUGAUUGGCUAGCUGUCACAACCAGCCCCACCUCCACUGUGGUCCACUGAAAAAUGAGUAACCCGCAGCUACAAUUGCUAAAUCAUGGCUUCUUUCAUGGAACGGUUAGCUUUCCUUCAGAAAGUCCCGACUUUGAUGAAGGCAACAGCAGAUGAUGAGAGCCCUUGUCCUGGGUACAUUUUCCAAGAAAUCGGAAAAAUCUCCCACGAGUCUUUGGCAAAUGAUCAAUGUUUAUUGGAGUACCUGCUAGAGAGGCUUCAGGUUGAGUCUUGUCAUGUCAAACUCAAGGUGCUGAAGAUCUUUGUUCAUUUGUGCGGCCAUGGCUCCAAACAUUUCCUCACUGAACUCAGGAGGAAUUCCACCUUCAUUCAGCAGGCAUCAGUAUACAGCGGGCCACCUGAUCCCAUCCAUGGCACGGCUUUGUAUCUGAAAGUGAGAAACACUGCACAGGAAGUUGCGCGACUACUUUUCACUGAUUCAUUUUAUGUGAAAACUGGUGUGCUGCCUUUAAACAUGGCAACUUCAACAAUGGGUAUGGGAUCAGGAGCCCCCCACAAGGGAGGAAUGCAAGGCUUUGGGUAUAAUCCAGGAAAGCAGGGGACAGGCGACUCACUUUUUGUUCAAGUCACAUCUUUUUUUUUUUUUUUUCCAUCCUUACUACAUGAUCUGUGUUUUUCAACAGGCAACGACUCACUUCUAGAUAAGAUCCAGAAAGCUGCAGAAGUAGUGGCCAGUGCCGUCCUCCCUCCGACAGAACACCAGGGCAUCCGUCUCCACGACAACCACUACCGAGCUGUAGUGGCGCCAUCUGCGCCAAUAGAAGUAGCUGUACCAGCAUGUGCCUACAGCCUGCCUGCUCACAAACUUAAAGUCACUACAGGAUCAACCCAGCGAUGUCCAGGGCAGAUCGGGGGCGGCUGGGAAGAGACUGACAGCGGCAACAAUUCCUCUCACAACUCGUCUCAGGACAUCUCCACUAAUAGCAGAGCCUCAGCAGGUAGCAAGUCGGCGUGCACCGGGAGCCAAUCGGGAGCCAGCCGAGAAAGCAGCGGAGACCUAUCAGAGCGGGUUGAAGCGUUGCAGUUGGGCGACUGCGGCCAGGAGAUGGCGCUCAUUAGCAAGUUGAUGGAAGGCUCCAGAGUGUUUCUAUCCAAUGAGGAGAUCCAGUACUUUACCAAAGAGUGCUCCACUCUUAACUGCGAGGUUGUGGUGGAGUUGCUCUCCAACAGGCUACAAGAUCCCUCCAGCACUGUAAACAUGAGGGCGUUGUGCGCUGUAGCCUGCCUUAUGACUGCCGACCUUCUGUCCCUCGAGCAAAUAUUUGGAGCAACGCAACGUCGGCUCCGUCAACUCAGUGAGGGCCCUCCAGGACCAGUGGCCAACAAAUCCAUGAAGAUCCUGAGACAGUUCAAGGCCCUGAUGGGUGGCGUUCACGAUGCCCCCAAACAGGAUCCAGCCAGCGACAGUCAUCAAGUCAACCAGACGUCCAGCCUACUACUCAUUUCGCCAUUAGUUGUGGGCAACUGUGAGAAACCGCUCCCGGCUCCUAUUAGGACUGAGGUGACUGCCAUUCAAGACGACGAGGGUAUUGAGCCAUGUGCCGCCAGACUCUCCCUGUUCAGUGGUAUGAAUUUGGUGAGCAGGGCAAAGACUCCCGAGUCCCACGUGGACCCAGACUCACUACAGGACUCUCUAAAAGAGAACCGCCCCAACCCCCCAGCUUCGUCUGAGAGAAGCCAACAGUUGUCCGCUUUCUCGUUUCUCAACUCUUGACCUCUAGCGAGGCGCUUUACACCUUUUAAAUCUCUUACAGAGGUGUCAUUGAGUAUUUGUUUUCACGUCCAACUUUCUGUCUCUCCAAGAAUCGAGUGAAUCUGAUGUUACAGUAUGGUUUAUUGAAUUUGAUCUCAGGAUUCAUUUCAGGCUACAAAAACAACACAUUCAAGUUGCACUCUGCUUUGCACUAAAAUCAUUUUCCUGAAGACCUGCUAUCCUAGAGUUGUCUUCCAGUGUUUGCUAUCAUACUAAUGCAAAUGUAGGAAAGAUUAUUUUACAUCACCAUCUUACUAUUAUUGUGUUUACAGCCGGAUCGAUUUAUGCAAGUGGUGCUCGAGCGCGUGUCUACACUUAGAAUUGUUUUGUGUGGAACCAGAGAAGCAAGAGUCGGUAUAUAAUGCAAAAUAUUUGCAACAAUGGCAGUCUAUCAUGUCCACUAAUAAAAGAUCCCACUUA